GCGAUGGAUGCGGCACGUUGUGCGUGUGCAGGACCAGGAGCUUCGCCUAGACCGCUGGUUGCGGCGCCAGUUCCCGACACUUCCACAGAGUUUCCUACAGACGCAGCUACGCAAACGCAAGAUCCGGCUACAGUCCGCUACGACGUCGAGUUUGCAGGCAGCCCGAGCCAAUUCGCUGCUGCUGCAGGGCUCCGUGGUGGCCAUCGAUGCGCAUCUCUUCCGCUCCAAGCUGCAGCCGCUAAUAGCGCAGCAAGUAGAACAAGGCAUGACAAUACAAGGGCAGAACCUAACUACGGCACAGGACAAGAGGCUACAGCAACUGAAGCGAUGUAUUGCACAUCAGGACGCGCAAUUUGUGGUGCUCAACAAGCCACACGGACUGGCGGUGCAGGACGGCUCGGGGUUAAAUGAUUCAUUGGCCCGCUACUUGCCGGGGAUCGCAGAAUCCUUGAGAAAUGACCACAAUAUUGAGCAGGAGGAAGAGCAGCAGUUGAGAUUGGUGCAUCGACUGGAUAAGGAGACGUCGGGUGUGCUGGUACUGGCGCGCUCUCGCCUUGCAGCCGCCAAGUUCUCCGAGUUAUUACGGAAUGGAGCCGUACACAAGACGUACAACGCAUUGGUUGCAUCAACCUCAACGCCAAAUGCUUCAUAUUCGAGUCUAGAGAACUUUGAGGGACGAGAGAUCAAACUUCCUGUAAAUGGCAAACCGGCACAGACACUUGUGGAGCGAGUAUUCAAACAAAACCACCAUACUCAGCCAGGUACAUGGCUGCAACUCCGGCCACACACCGGACGCAAACAUCAACUACGCGUGCAUUGUGCCCAAGAACUGGGUAUGCCAAUUGUAGGGGACGCCAAGUAUGGCGGCCGUCCUGCCGAUCGACUCUACCUGCACGCAAAGCGCAUUCGAUUCCCAGACCCAUUUACACCAGAGCGGUUUAUAGACGUGUCUUGCGAGCUGAAAUCGUCAGAAUAAUGAUUGAUACGCUUAAAAAUCUCCAAGAUAACGUCGACCACAUUGCUAGUCCUUUUUGGACUGCGCUGCAACGGAUUUAAUGAGGUCCAGCAUCAUAGCUUGCUGCUGUUGAAUAGUAGCCAAAAGCUGUGCGUGCUGGUUUUGUUGAGCUUCAAGCUGUGCGCGUUGCAAGCGCUCAAGCUGACGCACCUGUUCAUCAGCAUAUCGUCGCUGCUCAGCCAGUUCGCGCUCCAUCUUAAUCUCCAGUAACUCCAAGCGACGCUGGCCAUCCCGAUCAGCCUCUCCCGUCGCCUCAGCCACAGCGAUAGCAGCAGCGACUUCCCCAACUUUCGCCACUGCAGCUUCAUGUUGUGUAACAUUAGACGGUGGUGUCGGUUCUCCCCUCCGCUUGCGCAGAUCUUCCUGGAACUCCUCAAAGGCGGUUAUCUUGGCCUGAACCUCAGUCAACAGUUCGCGUUUCCGUUCAUACUCUUGCGAAGUGCCAGACUUCCGCAAUGCAGCAACAUUUCCUGCUCGUAAAUGAUCCAGUAGCAGCACCACGCGAGCUUGACAAGCUCCUGCUGUCUUGUCCAAAUUAAAGUCCGAAUGCUGUCGUAAUUGGUCACAAACUUCUUGCCAUCCGUCCAUUAAUUGUGGAUAAGCCCACGGUUUGGUCUCCAGAACUUGAGAUAGCAGCAAAAUAUCGUCCGCCGACACAAAUUGCUUCCUACCUGCCAACUUCAAUGGAGACGCAACCUUUUUCGGCGCUGGGAUCAACGACAGAUCGUCUUCUACUUCAUUCGUCUCGUCCCUGGUGCGUUUAGAGGAGCUUUCCACCUCUUUAUUCGACUCCAAUGGAGCCAAAUUCUCCUCAGAUACCGUCUCUACUAGAUCCGGAGUAAUAGCAGCAGUAUUCUCAUUUCCUGUAUGCAUUGUUACAGUUCUCUGAGAUCGAUGGAGUCCAUGGCGCUUCUUAAA